CCUGACCCAGAGCUCUCUAUCUCGAAGCGCUUGAAGAACGAGCCUAUUGGCAAAUUCGACCCCGACUACCCAGACUACAAAGAACAGGGCUUGCUCACGCCGCAAGGCAAAGACCCGAUCUACACGGACGUGGCGAUGUUCACAGCCCGAUGUGAGGAAUACGUGAUGGGCGAUGAAUACGGGCUUCAAGGACGAUACAGCACCUUGCUGGCCGGCGCCAGCUAUAAAUGGACGAUGACCGAGCUGACAAGCGAAGAACGCCGCCGGAUUGAACGCGGAUCUGUCAAGACCUUCUGCAAGAAGCUCAACAAGAGAUUCAAGCCAUCCGCGGCCGAAGCCAGCAGCCGUUUGUUCAACGGCAAAUACCGCAUCUCCAACUGGCUUGCCGGCGACUCAAUUGCUGCCUUCAUUCAACGCAAGGCAGCCCUGGCACGCCAGACAGGUCUGAAGCGUGACAGAGAUGUCAUUCAAGCCAUCUGGCCGUUGAUUGACGGCGAGAUCUU